CAAGUAACACAGAAACAGAAGACAAUAGAAGAGAAGAGAAGAAGAAACACAUGAGAAAUUCAAAAUUUCAAAACAUUAACAGAAAAAUCUUCUCUUCAUAUCGUUACUGAUCGUCUUGGAACCCUAGCUACGGCGUCGUUUGUUUGCCUUCUUGACUCCGUUAACGGCAACCUUAAGUGAAUAAGAAAAAAUUUACCGUUAUACCCCUUCCUCGCCGGAGAUUGUACGAGAAAUGGCCAAUGAACCGCCGCGAGAGCGAAACUUCGCAUUCAAAUUUGCUAGGGUUUCAAGUCCGACAUAAACGAGAGUAUUGAUUUUUAAUUUUUUUUUUUUUGGUUUUAUAGUCCUGUUUUGUUUUUUUAUCAAGUAUCUUGUUUGAUACGAUGGCGUCAAAGGGAUGGCUGGUGUUGGAGAAACUGCGGCGGAUUGUAAGGACGGUGUUCUUUAUGGUGGCGAUGGUGGCAUCGCUGAUGGCAUCGUCGUUGCCAGUUCUGGUGGCGGUCGGUGACGUGUUGGUACCGUGCGUUCUGAUUUCUAGCUUCACGUGUGUGAGUUGUUAUGGAUUUAAGGAACAUUUGCGUAGAUAUGAUUUCAAGAGCUCGUUGACGGACAUUCCUUUCGUUUCGAUCGUCAGAUCUCUUACUAUUAUAUGUGUAUAUUCGAUGUGUGAUGCCCCGGCUCUCUCACAUGGUCCUUACCUUGGAACUGUGACACUCUGCUCUUUUGUUUCAAUUCUUCUUCUCUCAGUGAAGGCAUGCCUUUUUACUGUUAAUUCUCAGCUUGAGGCUGAAGCUUCUUCAUCCCUUUCAAGGCAAAGACUGCAUCUGAAGAAGUCAUGGGGAAUGCCAGUCUUGUUUCUUUCGUCUGUAGUUUUUGCCCUUGGCCACACUGUCGUAGCAUAUAGAACAAGUUGCAGAGCACGAAGGAAACUCCUGUUUCACCGUGUUGAUCCAGAAGCAGUUCUUUCAUGCAAAAAUGUUUUCUCUGGCUUCCAGAAAGUUCCAAGAUCUCCCACUCCCUCUGCAGGGAAAACCCCAAAGAGUGAUAGUGAGAUGAGGCGAAAGCCAUUAGGAACAGCUCGUGAUGAGGGGGAACUUCCUGUCAGAUUACUUGCUGACAUUGACAGCUUAUUUCUUACAUGCCAAGGCCUUACUGUCCAUUACAAGCUCUGUUUGCCUGGUUCACCCCCUCGUUCUUUAUCGUCAGCCACCUUUCACGAACCCAAUUCAAGAUGAAUCACUCCACAAAUGUCUUUGGGGAGGUUAAAGCUUGAAAGACAAGCCUUUAGUGUGCUAUCAAAAACGCAAUACCACCAUCUUCACAGGAGCUACAGCAAUCAAUUUCACAGCUCUUCUCUCUAUGCUCCAUUAUUGGAUGGUUCUGCAACUUCUACUGUUCUUUCUGAAGAUAUACCUGUUCUUAGCCUAGAUGAUACAGUUGAGGAGGAAGAAAUGAAUUUGGGCUCUCUAGAGCAAGAUUUGGAGGGAAAUGGUCAGGUUGGUAUUGUUUUAGUACAUGGGUUCGGAGGAGGAGUAUUUUCAUGGAGGCAUGUCAUGGGGGUUCUGGCUAGGCAAACUGGUUGUGCAGUUGCUGCAUUUGAUCGGCCUGGCUGGGGAUUAACUUCUAGGCCUCGUCGGAAAGAUUGGGAGGAAAACGAAUUGCCUAAUCCUUACAAACUUGAAACUCAGGUUGACUUGCUUCUUUCUUUCUGCUCUGAGAUGGGGUUUUCUUCAGUGGUGCUUGUUGGCCAUGACGAUGGGGGUUUGCUUUCUUUAAAAGCUGCACAAAAAGUCCAAUUAUCGAAUUUGUUCAAUGUUGCGAUUCAAGGUGUGGUAUUGCUAAAUGCCAGCUUGUCCAGAGAAGUGGUUCCAGGCUUGGCAAGGAUACUCAUGCGCACUGCACUUGGGAAGAAGCACUUGAUUCGUCCUUUACUGCGAACAGAAAUUACUCAAGUGGUGAAUAGGCGUGCAUGGUAUGAUGCUACCAAGUUAACAACAGAAGUGUUAAGCCUCUAUAAGGCCCCACUUUGUGUAGAAGGUUGGGAUGAAGCACUUCAUGAGAUAGGUAGACUGUCAUACGAGACUGUCCUUUCACCACAAAAUGCAGCAUCAUUGCUGAAAGCAGUCGAAGACUUGCCAGUCUUGGUUAUUUCUGGUGCUGAAGAUGCCUUGGUGUCCAUUAAAUCUUCUCAAGCUAUGGCUUCAAAACUUGUAAAUUCUAGGCUGGUUGCCAUAUCGGGAUGUGGUCAUCUUCCACAUGAGGAGAGCCCCAAGUCUUUACUUGCAGCUAUAAUACCCUUUAUAAGCAGACUCUUAUUUACGAGAGACUCGCAAAACCAAUAGGAUACUUUAGCUUAUUAUAAAUAGGUUUGUAUCUGUUGUAGGGUUUUUUUUUCUUCCUUUUUUUUUCCCCUCUUUUUCAAGCAAUUUAACCCAAGAGAGAGAAAAUAACGCCAUCUCUCCUUUUGGGUAUUUUUGAUGUGUUAGUUUGGAGCCUUACCCGAACCCUAACUCUCCAGGGUUAUAGAGCUUAUUCACUUGUAAUUUUUUCUUUUUUUUUGUGGUCUUUUUUUUUUU